GGUUUACCUAAGCAAGGAAUCCUCUUCCCGCGUCCCGAUAUGAGCAUUAUCUCUUUCUCCACAAUGGACCUGAUUUAGUACGGCAGGUGUUUCGUGUCUUUGGUCGUCAUAUUUAUAGAAUCUGCUCCUGGCCAAGUUCUUCCUAUUUGACAGAUUCGUAACAUCUCACAGUUUUUCCUUCUCAUUCUGUGUCUCCAGCUUGAGAGCAGCCUCAGGCGACCAGGAGAAUCUUAGACCUAUCACAGCGCUUGAAGACUCUUUCGCCGUUGUAGAUCUGUUUACAUCAUGUCGCUUCAGCCCACAAUUUUUGACAGAAGAUCUGUUAGGCCUGCGUUCGAGCUGUCCAGAAGCCUCCAUUCUAUCGCCAUUCCCAUUGAACCUCAUCUAGGAAUGGCGGUUAACGCCACUACAACGCUUAAAAAGCCUACUGCAGGACGUCCACGCCGACCUACUGUCACCGGUUUCCUUCCUUUGCCCCCAAUCAGUGCUUCACCAAUCUGCACUCCAACCACCGGCAGCUCUUCGCGCGAAUUCUUUGGCUCAGAAUCUGAAUACAGUGAUAGUCAAAGUGUAUGGUUGAGCAACGACAGCUAUACUACAGCCCCUGCCACCCCUUCAGAGUAUUCUCCUACCUUUCGGGCGUCUCCCAAGUGGAUUUCCACUCCGCCCACGCCUCCCCCGAAAUUGUUCAAACGUUCGGUUACUUGUGUAAUUAAACGUCCACAUUCGUCAUUCUUUCCGGCUUCAUCCUCGUUUCCCGCCUACAUGUCUCCUCGUGCGUCCGAUCAGUUCAUUCAGCGAAGAAAUUCAGUCCCGGCUGUUGCUACACACACUAGUAGUAGGUCGUUUUCAGAUCUAUAUCCAUUCGUUGGAGGGCGAAAAGCACGGUGGAACAAAACCUCGAAUACCGGCAUCAUGGCUAGCCCUUUAAGCUCAACCUUCAUUCCUUCUGGGGAAUCUACCCAUCCAUUCGUUCGCUCGCGUCCUUUAUUUAAUGUGGCGCACGAAGUCGCUAUGGAUCAUGAAAUUGGACCGGCUUUCGAGAGUCGAAGGUUUGUGUCACCUUUGACUACAAAACCUUCGAUGGAUCCAGAAAUCAACCGGCACAAGUUGAAGGACGACAUCCGAAGAUAUCACGCAUUGAUGGAAUUGCUAUCUACAGAAGUGUCGUAUAUGCAGGAUUUAAGGAUCCUGGUUUCGAUAUACCUCCGUCAGAUCCCUACUCUUACCUUGAAGCGUUCGUCAAGCACUUCUUCGACUUUCGGCCUCAAUUCCUCCUUCUCCGCGCUUUCCAGGGCAAACUCCUCUGUCCACCUCAGUAAUAUUACCGGUCAUUCAUCGUACAUUCAACCCCUUACCAAUGCACCCUCUAAAGAAAGAGAGAAGUCUCCAUCAAGGCGUAUAUUCAAAAACCCGGAGAUCGAUGUCUUGACUCGUAACGCUGACGAAGUUCUACAAUUCCAUGAACACUUCGUUGAGGAAUUACGCACAGCAAUGGCUCCUUUGGGGAUCCACAUGGAGUCGUCUUCGGAGCACUCAUCUGACGACGAGAUAUCGGUAGGAAAUGUUGAAACCAUCGAUGCGGGAAUCGCUAUUGUUUCCACGAAAUUUGCAACCGAGGCCUCGCGGUUUACAUCCUAUGAGUUGUUUUGCGCAGGUCAUUUAGAAGCGAUUGACGUCAUCCGGCGUGUCCAGAAUGCGCAUCCUACUGACUGGGAAGCUUUCGAACAAAAAUGCAGCGCUUCAGCGUUUGAGAUGCUGAAAUCCUCUGACGCCGUUCCUGUCUCCAUUUCGCAACUUGAUUCGACUUCGCAAUCAAGACGAAACUCUACUGCGACUAUCGACGACGCUGUGCGUUAUGUUCGUUCGCGGUCCAAUAGCCUUGUCAAGGACAGAGACACUUCUACUCCUCGAAACAGAUCUCGCCUUACGUUCAUGGAUUACCUUAUCAAACCGGUACAGCGGAUAUGCAAAUAUCCUCUCUUACUCGAGCAGCUUAAAUCGAGCGAACCGUUAUAUGAGUCCAAGAUACGUGUUCCUUGGCUCUCAGAUAGGAAUGUGGUAGUCGAGAGUGCGGCUCAGGCUAUGCGACAUGUAGCGAGUACCGUUGACGAGGCCCGACAGCGGCAGGACGUUGCUGUGCGAUCUGCAUUGAUUGCUUCGCGCAUAUUGUACUCUCACGUCUUACAAUCGCCAUCCCCCUCUCCGUUGCAGGUUCUUACACCUGGUUUUCUCUCGUCGCUUGGGCCAUGCCAUAUCGCCGGUUCAUUAGAUGUCAUACACCAGCGGUCAAUAAAGCAGUCCACAGGCACGGCAAAUAUUAACGUCAAGUAUCUCGGUGCGUUCCUUUAUCGCGGUGGGUACUUUAUUCUUGCCAAGGUCACUAAAGGUAGGACAUACGAGCCUAGACAUUGGUUCAGACUGGGCGACUUCAAAAUCAUCGAGGCAGUCGAAUCUGAAGCCUGGCUUCCAUGCUCGUUUCGUCUCUCUUGCAAAGGGCACGAGUUUGAAUUUGCCGCAGCUUGCCAACAGGAAAGGGAAGCGUGGUUGACUGCUAUACGAGAGUCGCUCGCCUAUCCAACUUCCAGUUGGAUCAAUGAACCGACUGCUAGCAUCCUUUUAGAUGGGAAAGGGGAGAUCGUCCCUUCGAUGCUUGAUGAUCCAUACGAGGCUAUCGUUCCUCUUCCUACCAUCAACUCUGUUCCUGAGCUUGCCUCAGAUACUGGCGAUCAGCUUACGGAGACAUUGCUCGAUGCUUUGGCUACCGAAUCCCAGAUGCUGCAAGCAACUGCUACCUCGAGCCCUGAAGUACCCUCCAUUCCUAGUCGUCGAUCUUCCUCCACGUCUGCUCAAGCAUUUUCCACGCCCACGAGUCCCGAGUAUGAAACUUUUGUCAUUCGCCGUAAUCUUCCUGCUGCGCGUGCUCAGAUAGAUGCCGGCCUGAGCGAUGUGAUCUCCGAUAUAUGUCUUUCUGCACGAUCCCAGGCUGCUACCCAGGAAGAGGAACUGUUUCAACCACCACACAUCCCUCGUCAGAGCUCUUCGAGUCACCCCGCUCAGAAUUCAAAGCUGAACUCUCGAUCAUCAACAAGUUCUAGUUUGAGCAUGGCUAAGAAUCGCCUUCGAAAGCACGAAAGUGUACGGGUUCCACGAAGGAAAAGUCUGGCUCAGUUGGUUGACGAUCAGUCUAUAACUAAGAAUUCAGCAUCGCGAGCUCAGUCUUUCACUACGCGGAAACGUCCUCAGAAGCUCAAUUUGACAAGUAAGGGUCCUGAGGAAGCCGAUCCGCUAUUAUCUCAUCCUCCGAAUUCCUCUCGAUCUUAUUCGUCACCCACAUUUCCUGGCGGUUCUGCCAAUAGCAAUCCCGUAUCCUCCGAUCCUUCAUCAACCCUGGCUAGUCCUGUUCUUGAAAGCCAUCCUGCACAAAUGAACGGGGCGCCUCAUUCUGAGCCAGGUUGUAAUCGGUCUAGACCAAGCUCUUUAGUAUGCAACGUUCGAAGUUUAUUUGCUCCUAGACCCCCUUCCCUAAUCAAUACGUUCACACCCGUCUUUACUACAUCGUCGCCUGCCACGUUCGACUUCAAGCACGAUAAACCCUCUCCAAAAAAUGUUUUUAGACGAUGGAUGGGUUCAGUUUCGCGAAGUCAUCGGCGGGCCCUCAGUGCUCCCGAAAAUUCAGACAAUAUGAACGGCAACUCCCCUGUUUUACCUGAGGACCUUGACUUUGGCGAGCCCAUAAAAUUGGUACAAUCUCCUUCUCCAUUGUGAUGUUGUAUGUCCCUUUCCUGUUACUUCAAGCAUAGCAUAGAAUUCCACUGUACUCAUACCUCAAUUUCUCGUAUUCCCUUAUAGUAUGUAUUCACUGCUAGAUUAGUGUAUUUACAUUACUGUAUCCACACUAAUGAGUGUAAUUUAGAUUAAGAUACGGUGCCCGUGGGCACUUCGCGACCUUCCGCUCUACAUAUGUGGGAGAGGUUACAUAGCGCUCCGAGAAGAAUCUUGAAAUUUGAAACAUUCGGUGCGCUCAAGCCUCAAUCAAAAAAUGUUCUCCAAUAUUUCUUUGUUAAUGGUCUUUUCCGUUGGUCUCAAUUGUACGC